GAACAAAUGAACAACUUCCUUUUUUGAACGGAAUCUCGUCCCUUGCUUGCUUGAACAUGCGAACAUGGCACUUCUCUCGCUCCGUCUUCAUCCCUUUCAACAUUCCAAUCAAAUCUAUUCAUUCUAGCUGUUGAAAUCACUUACCUCCUUUGCCGACCGAAUAGGAAAAAACCCUAGUCAGACAGAUGCAGAGAGUGGUCUUAUACAGUUAUAUGUACAUGAUCGGUAUGCAAUUGGACUUGCAGUGUGGAUGCUUAAAACCACUAGUUUGCUAAACUCGAUUGAGAUUUAGGAUAAUACUUAUGCGCCUUUCGUAGAUGUAAAAUGAGGAAAUUCCAUCGACGCACGAGAAUUUUCAUCCUCUUCUUGCUCGCCGUCUCUGUUGGCGUUCCUAUCUUCGUCCUACAUCACAAGAUAAAAAGAUUUCAUGUUCGUGAGUCCGGAGAGUUUGUCGAAGAUUUAUCGAUUAUUAAGCAUAGGAUAGACGCUUAUGCCUCCCGUGCAAUGGAGGAGGAAGAAGCCGAAGAUGUGAAAGAGCCACACCGGGCUGUUUACAAAGACGACAAGUUUAGGACCAGUCCUGUAAUUGAGAUUAAUAGGUCUGGUCAGCCCAAAAGAACAAGCAAUUCAACCUUGGGAGAAAACGGAAACAUGCAAGUUAUUGAAAAAGAGAAUCAACGCAGUCAGAAUGACGGAGUAGAACCGAAAUCAAAGGGAAAUGAACAUUAUGAGUCAAUAACGUAUCAAAAUGAUAAUAGUGGGAAGUCCCAUUCCCAGAAGCCAUUGGAUGCGAAGUUAAAGGAGAUGAAAGAUCAGCUUAUUAGAGCAAGGUUAUACCUGAGUUUUACUCCACAAGGUAGCAAAUCUCAUUUUGUGAAAGAGAUGAAGCUGCGAGUCAAAGAUCUGGAAAGAGCUAUACGCGACAGUACUAAGGAUUCAGAUUUGUCUCGGAAGGCUUUGCAGAAGAUGAAAGCGAUGGAAGUGACCUUAUCAAAGGCUAGCCACGUCUUCCCUGAAUGCCCACCUAUGGUGAAAAAACUUCGUGCAAUGACAGAUACUACUGAACAGCAAGUCAAAGCACAUAAGAAUUAUGUUGGGUUUCUUCUACGGCAAGCUGAAAGAUCUACACCUAAGGGCCUGCAUUGCCUCUCCAUGCGAUUGACUGCUGAAUACUUCUCCCUCACGCCCAAUGAGAGAGAACUCCCUAACCAACAUAAGUUGCAUCAUUCAGAUCGAUAUCACUUUGCUCUAUUUUCUGACAACAUUUUGGCAUGUUCUGUUGUUGUCAACUCAACCAUUUCAUCUGCUAAGGAUCCAGAGAGAGUUGUCUUCCACAUAGUCACAAAUUCUGUUACCCUGCCUGCAAUCUCAAUGUGGUUUUUGUUGAACCCUCCAGGCAAAGCAACAAUUCAUAUCCAGAGUAUAGACAAUAUGAAAUGGUUACACACCAAAUACCAAACAAAUCUACAGAUGCAAGAUUCACUUAAUCCGAGAUAUAUGUCUGCAUUGAACCACUUACGGUUUUAUUUGCCAGAUAUUUUCCCUUCAUUAGACAAGAUUGUCUUUCUUGACCAUGAUGUAGUUGUGCAAAAGGAUCUAUCGGCUCUUUGGCGCAUUAACAUGAUGGGUAAAGUGAAUGGAGCUGUACAGACCUGUGAACAAGGAGACCCUUCAUUCCGCCGGAUGGAUGCGUUUGUCAACUUCACUAACCCCAACAUGGGAAAGAAGUUUGAUAAGGAAACAUGCACAUGGGCAUUUGGGAUGAAUUUGUUUGAUCUGCAACAAUGGAGGAUGCUAAAUUUAACCGGAGUCUAUCACCAGUAUGCGCAGCUGGGAAGCAAUAAUCCGAUAUUGAAAGCUGGUAGUUUGCCAAUAGGUUGGAUAACCUUUUACAAUCAAACAUCGGCGCUGGACAAAAGAUGGCAUCUCCUUGGGUUAGGCUAUGAUGACUCCAGCAGCAGGGAGAAAGCCGAGAUUGAGAGGGCAGCGGUUAUACAUUUUGAUGGGCCGAUGAAACCAUGGCUCGAUUUGGUGAUGGAGAAAUACAAAUCAUAUUGGAAGAAGCAUUUAAACUAUGAGCACCCUUAUCUUCAGCAGUGCAACAUACACAGUUAAAAUACACAUACAAAUCACAUACCCCAAAAAUUUUGAAUACUUGUAUUCAUUAUAGUUUGUGUAAAUUUCGAGAGAGAAACUUGCCCUGACAAUAUUUUUUACAGGAAUAUAAUGCAUUCUGUUCUUGAGAGGUUUUAGGUUGUGUUUGGUAGCAAUUUUUUUUUAUCAGAAUAUAUAGGAUCGUCCAAAGAAAGCUUUUC